CAAGCGUAGGAGUAUCAGUGCGUACUUCAGCCACCUCAAGAUGUUCGGGGGUCGUAAGGAGAUGGACUUACUGAAGAAAGAACUGGAAGAAGAGCUGAAGCUCGGCACCAGCGAUCUGAGGAGCCAUGCGUGGUACCACGGGCUGCUGAGUCGGGAGGCUGCAGAGUCUCUGUUUGAGCGAGACGGAGACUUCCUGGUCAGAGAAUCAAAGUCUGCUCCUGGUGACUACGUUCUGAGCUGCUUUUGGAAGAACUGUCCAAUGCACUUUAAGAUCAUAAAAGUGGUGCUUCGUCCUAAAAAGGGGUACUCCAGGGAACUGUUCCAGUUUGAAGAAGAUCGCUUUGACAGCAUCCCGGCGCUGAUCCAGUUCUACGUGGGUGGCCGUCGACCCAUCUCCAAGGCAUCGGGUGCCGUUAUCUUUAAUCCGAUCACCCGGACCCUUCCUCUGCGUGUCAUCGCCGAGCGACCCGCAGAGCUGAAAAAUGGCAGCCGAGGCGGAGCGGAGAAAAAGCAGAUCAGGCACAGCAUCAGACGCAGCUUCAGCUCGUCACAGAAAGACACCCUGCAGGUCAUCAAUCCACUGCUAAGGAGUGGAAGUCAGCCUAACUUGGAGAAUGUCGAGAGGAGGCCUUCACUUCAGUCUGCGCAGUCUGACAGCAACUUACAAACCGGUGUUCCACAAAACCCUCAGUCUGAGAACACGAUCCCUGACCCCAUCUCCCCAGUGUUUCGCACCGGCAGUGAACCCCUGCUGAGCCCACAACCACGUCACGCACGGACCCUACAUCCAGGUGGUGGUGUAACACUGCGAGGGUCAGAUGGCCAGCUGCACCCCAGAGCUCCUCCUAAACCUCUCAGGGUCUCGACGGUUUUCUCCAGCGCCAUUCCUCCCCCUCCCUCAGACCCAGACGUAGAUCCCUCGUCUUUUUACGGUGAACUGGUCAUACAGGUACCACAGUCCCGGCAGAAAGGCCACGUGGACCGACUGCGUGCAGAGGAGAAGUGGCAGAGCCGUGCACGGAUCACAGAAACGUCUUUUGGGUUUUUGGAGGCCCACAAACAUAAAACACUGGCAGGAGGAGAAGUGGAGGACUGGCAUUUUAAACGACCUCAUAUCGAGACAACGUCAUGCUUCCAGUUGGACCAGUUUAAUUCGCUGCUCUUGCCAGACAACAACCGACCUCUGGAGUCCAGCGUUCUGCUCGCAGUCAAAGAGCUUUUCAGCCGUUCAGAUCCCAACACCUUGGCUUUGCACAUGCUCAGCGUGGACUGCCAGGUUGCACGAGUUGUCGGGGUGACUGAUGAGCAGAGGGGGAUUAUGGGAGUAAAUUCGGGGCUGGAGCUGGUCACUCUCCCACAUGGACACCAGUUACGACAGGAUUUGCUGGAGAGGCAUCACCUAAUAUCCCUGGGAGUGGCAGUAGACCUCCUGGGCUGCACGGGGACGUUGAGUCAGAGAGCAACUCUUCUGCACAAAAUCAUCCUGUUGGCUCAGGCUCUUAAAGAACACACCCACAACCUGUACUCCUUCUCAGCCGUCAUGAAGGCUCUGGAGAUGCCUCAGAUAGUGCGCCUGGAGAUGACAUGGCGUGCUCUGAGGAGGAACCACACAGAGAGUGCUGUUUUAUUUGAGAAGAAACUCAAACCCUUUAUGAACUCUUUGAAUGAGGGAGAUGAUUCUGUCAUCCAGGGUCCGAUUUCUGUGCCACACCUGCUUCCUUUAUUAAUGGUGAUGGAGGGUGAGGACCCCGUUGAAAACAGCGACCGGGGCUGUCAGGUGCUCUACGAUGUCCUCCAAUCAGCUCGCAGUGCCGCCUUACACGCCCAGGAUUACCAACAGCAUGCACACUCUCUCCUUACAGAAGGCUGGGAGCCGAUCCCUGAGCUGCUGGAGACUUUCCGGACCGAGUUUGCCCUGCGGCUGUUCUGGGGUCAGCACGGGGCGGUCGCAGAAAAGAAAGAGCGAUACAAGAAGUUUGAGAAGAUUCUCUGCGUCCUGUCAAAUAAACUGGAGCCUGAGGAGAUCACCACACAAAAACUGGACCCUUCAGCCUGAAUCUGCGUCACCAAGUGGACCCUGAUGUCAAAGGUUUUUCCUCACGAGAGGAAAAAGUAAAAAACAAAGACUGAAAGAAACUCUGCAGAUCUUCAGUGCCUUUUUAUAUAAAAAAAACUGUUUACAGAAAAAUCUGAUUUUUUUGUUUUUAUGAGACUGUCGUAUCUGCUUAACUGAAAUGUGUUUGCAGACUUUUUUUUAACUGUGAAAAGCUUUUGAUUUUUUUUGUCCCUUUUACAGGAAAUCUGUUUACAAAAUGUAUAUUUCUUAGAAUCAGCUAGUGUCUGAUCAGUCCAAACCACCGGUCCGGUUUUAAACUCUGAGCUGAACCAAGUCUUUUUAUCACUGGUUUGCUAUUGCACUAUUAAAACAAACCCUUACUUUUAUGUUUGUUUCUAAUAAAUAAUGUCUUUAAAAAGA